AUAGCUCAAAUUCUGGAGUAUAUUUUCAUUUUCUUAAUCCAAUCGAGUUGUUACUUUAUGAGAGCUGUCUGAUCUGUCCCAUUCCUGAAAUCAUACUCUCAUUUCUUAGUUCUCCAAUUCCGUGAUGAAAAAAAUAAAUUUCCGUCAUUUUCUCGGGCAUCUCUAAAACCCUUGGUUGCCCAGUGACGGCUUUAUUGUUAUCUCUUUAAGUUCUAAUGAUGUCGGUCAUCUUAUUUCUUCUUUAUAUGAUUUUUAUCAUUGCAAACUAAAGCUGGGAAUGAGCGUUGACCCCGUCUGUGCACUGGGAAAAGGCUGUAGUUUAUAGUUUAUACCAGAAUCAACCUCAAAUUUUUGGAAUUUUUGGGGGUACGGUUUGUGAGUUCUUAAUUUUCAGACAACUGGGUGAAUUGGGUUUCUGAUGAAUUCCGGAAAUUAUCUGAAUUUUGGAUAAGAGAUUUGUGCUUUGCUCUGUUUUCAUCGGAGCUGAUUGGCGAAGAAUUUGGGUCCUCGGUGUUGAGGACUAUUGAUUUUUUCUUUUUUUAUGGAUACGGAUGCUAAGCUUGUUAAUGGAUACAAAAGUAGUACUAUUGGUGCCACAGACCCUCCAAAGGUUCAGGAUCACCGUGUUAAUGGAGAGGAGGAAAGUGACUCCAAUUCGCUGUUGCCGCCUCGGCGAGGUGGGAUAUCGAGAAAGUCGGAGAAGACGCGGCUCAAGGUGCAGUGGAACGACAAGAUUGGGAAUAAGCUUGCAGAGGUUCUGGAAUUCUAUCCGAGUGACACAAGUGACUCUGACGAUGAGGAUUCAGAUUCUUGCAUCUGUACCAUAAUGUAGAUUUCAUUUGGUGCACGGAGUGUCAGAAAAUGUCUUUUGGAUAAACUAAUGGGGCAUUCUCUCCAAGCUUGGAUGAUUAUAGUGCAAUUCCGGCAUCCUCUCAUCUUCAAGUUGAAAGGAUAGGCCAGAGGUUCAAAGCUGCAGUCUUGUGUUUAGCAUGAUUUGUGUGCUAUUCAUUAAAGUGAAGUCUAAAACCAUUUCUUAGGUGAGAUUUUGGUGACUUUCUUGGAACCAUAGGCAAACUGCAAGGAUCUCCUCAUCGUGUUGAAAUCCGAUGAGGGUGAUACCAACAUUGCUUCACUUAUUGUUUGUUAUGUAUUCAAAGAAUCAAGCUUCUUGAUGCUUUGCCACGCACAUUUCUUUUGUAUUGUACAAUAUACACCCAAAAGAAUAUUGAUUAUUAUGUUUAACGA